AGAAAGGCUAAAUGGUAUUUUGAGGAAUUACAAAGUCUUCUCUCUCUCUAUCUCGUAGCAAAGGUUCAGAUACAAAAGGCAAAGAGCCAAAGGGCAAACUGAAAUGAUUACUUGAAUGAGAAGGGGCCCACUUGAUAAUCUUUCCUUUUCCAAGUCUCUCCAUUUUAUUUUUAUUUUUUUGACUUGGGAUCGGGUCCCACACCGGCCACCAUUGUCUUUAUGGAUUGAAUGAUAAAAAGAGCACCUCACGUGGAGUCUGAACCAAAGGGGCUGUCCAACCACAAUAAAAAGGAAUCCUUCACUCUUCACCUCUCCUCUCUUCUCUCUCAAUUAACCCUUCAUACAAAAUUAAAAUUAAAAUUAAAAUUAAAAUCUAGAUUUUUUCCCUUCCCCAACUCCAGAAAAUAUAUUGAAUUAUAAAUAAAUAAUAUAUACAGGAAAUAAAGAAAGGAAAAGCUCCACACAACAACAUCAACAACAAAAGCAAAGCAAAAAUUUCUUUUCCUAAUUUCUUUUCCCUUUUUAAAGGUCACCCAUAUAAUUCCCACUCAUUAUCUUUGUUGCUUAAAGCUAGCUAGCUAAGCUUCUCCUUGCCCUUCUUCUCUCUCUCUUCCCAUAGCUAGCUGCUGCUUCUAAACCAUCAGUCUCAAUAAAAGCUCAGACACAAAAAAGAAAAAAAAGAAAGAGAGAGAGAGAGAGAGAAAAAGACCCACCAAAGGGCCAACAACAACAGCAAUAAGUAAAGAUCAUUUAAACAAAACCCUUCAUCACUACUUCACUAUACUCAAAUCCCUCUCGAUCAUAUCCCUCCAAGCUAAGUAGCAGUAUUACCAUUACUAUUGUUAUUAUUAUUGGCUAUUUGUUCUAAUACUAGCUACAAGUAGUACUGCUUACUACUACUAUAGAAUUCUCUACAUGCGAUCAUGGAAGGUGGAGAUGAUUUUCACCACCAUCAUCACCAUCACCAACAACAUCAACACCAACACCAACACCAACACCAACACCAGCAACAGCAACAACAUCACCGACCCAAUUUCCCAUUCCAAUUACUAGAAAAGAAAGAAGAAGAAGCUUCAUGUACUUCAAGCUCCGCCGCCUACCCAUCUCUGGCCAUCUCCGCUGGCACAACCGCAGACCUUAGUACGACAACAUCUUGUAGCACUAGUGGUGCUAAUAAAAGUACAAGUGCUACGGCUAUAGUAGUCGCCGGUGCGGCCGAGACAUCUUUAAAGAAGCCCGCGCCAAAGCGAACUUCUACUAAAGACAGGCACACAAAGGUGGACGGCCGCGGCCGCCGGAUCCGAAUGCCAGCCCUCUGUGCCGCCCGGGUCUUCCAGCUCACCAGAGAGCUAGGUCACAAGUCCGAUGGUGAAACAAUCGAGUGGUUACUCCAGCAAGCCGAACCUGCAGUUAUAGCUGCUACCGGGACCGGUACAAUCCCCGCCAACUUCACCUCUCUUAACAUCUCUCUCCGGAGCUCAGGCUCCAGUAUGUCUUUACCAUCUCACAUCCGGUCUUCCUACUACAACCCUAAUUUUUCGGUCCCAUCAUCGGCCAGGCGUACUAGUAGUAGUUUCUUCCCGGGAAUCGGGCUUUCCCCGUCUUCAGAAAAUAAUAAUAGUAAUAAUAGCAACAACAGUAACAAUAAUUCGACGGCGACGCUGUUGAACUUUCAGUCACCAGCAGCGUCAUCAGCGGUUAACUUUCAUCACUCAAUGUUGCAGGCGAAACAAGAACUGAGAGACGCAACGACGACGUUGGACUUUUCGGAGUCGGCUUCUGGGGAAGACGGUAUGGGUGGGAGGAAUAAAAGGAGGCAAGCCACGGCGGAGCAGGAGUUGAAUCAAAUGGGGAGUUACCUUAUGCAAUCUAGCGGUACCGGGUCGGUUCCGGCUAGCCACCACCACGGUGGUCAGAUUCCGGCGAAUUUUUGGAUGGUGGCCAAUUCGAAUAGUCAAGUGAUGAGCGGUCAUCAUGACCCUAUUUGGGCUUUUAAUCCUUCGGUCCAAAACAGUGGUUUGUAUAGGGGAACUAUGUCGAGUGGCUUGCAUUUCAUGAAUUUUCCUCCUCCUUUUGCCCUACUGCCGAGUCAGCAAUUAGGUGCUUCAAACGAUGGUGGAGGAGGUGGUGGUAGCGGUGGUAAUAAUUUAAGCGGAGGCGGGGACGGGCACUUGGGCAUGCUGACCGGUGGGCUCAAUCCGUACAGGCACCUUUCGGGUACCGGAGUAUCGGACUCACAAGCAAGUGGAUCCCACUCGCAUCACGGUGAUGGCGGCGGAGGUGGCGGCGAUGAUCGGCAUGAUACGAAUAGUAGCCACCACUCAUAGAUCGAUUGGUGAUCAUGAUGAUGAUGAUGAUGAUUACAUGGGCAUGGUCGUCCUCGUCCUCGUCCUCGUCAUUUUUCUCCACAUGUGUAGUAGUUUGAUGUGUAACACCACACGUGAGGUUUGAUAUUGCUUCUGAAAAAAUUGAUGAGUUUUCUUUUUUUUUCGUUUUAAUUCCAAAUUUUUUUGAGUGUGAUUAAUAUGGUUGGGGGGUUUCUAAUUAAUUUUUUUUAAAUAUAAAUAUAAGGAUUUGGGAAAGACAUAUUAUAUUUCA